UUUCUGAUGUUGCGCUAAUCCGAGAUAUGGCAGAGUUAGAGGUUACAUGUCCUCAUAGCAACUGUCAGUGGAGUGGAAAGUUUGGUGUAUUGCAGCAACACGAGAAGGCGUGUCCACAUAAACCCUGUGAACAUCCCCAGUGCAAGGGCUCCCAUCCACAAGGGAGCUGUCCUAACAAAAAAGAUCAUUGUCAGUCUUGUGGAUUGAUGGUGACUCUGAGGCAACUGCAGAGCACCCAUCCUUCUGAAUGCCCCAAAGCAUGUGUCCCUUGUCCAAUCUGUGAAUCUGUAAUGCUUCGUGAAAAUGUAAGUAUGAUAUUGAUAGUGCAUAUAGUGUGCUUAUCUUCUUCUGUGUAUGGAAAAAUAUCUAUAACAUAAAGUCUUAAAAGAAAA